UGAGGCGCCCCUGGCUGCCAUGCAGACGGCCAAGGUAAAGACGGAGCGGGAACGCGUGUCGAGGCGGGGAAGAAGCGGGGCGACGCCUUUGGACCUGCCCGCGGUGCCAACUUCGACCCGACGGGUUCGGAGGCCGUUUUGCUCCAGCCUGGAUCGCUUUGCAAAACGUGCGCUCUUGCGCUUCUUCUUCCCCGUUCGGCAUCGCGGGCAAGCGGGGCGGCUUAAGGCCAGCCACCCAAGCGCCGCGCUUCUCCUUUCGCCUCUGCUGCUGCUGCUGCUGUUUCUGGCGAGCUCGCGUGGGAAAUAAAAGAGCGGGCGUCGGGGUAAGAUGAAGGCGACGGCAAGGCGCUUUGGGCUGCGAGCUGUCGGGAUGAGGAAAGUCAAAGCGCGCCUUUGGAGAGACGGGCUGGCGGCGGGAUGGAUACUGGUUUCUCUUCUUUUGUGUGGGCUGGGUUUCUCCAGAGUUGAAGCUGUCAAAAUAAGCAAGCGUCCCAUGCGCUCUCGAUCCUGUGCAGACCGACCUGAGGAGCUUUUGGAACAGCUGUAUGGAAGACUCACAGCUGGCAUGCUCAGUGCCUUCCAUCACACCCUGCAAUUGGAGCCCAUGGAAAAUGACCAGAACAUCAGUUGUCCAGUGGGAGGCAGGCUAGCUACUGACAAGAAAUACCGGCUCCCCAUCAAUCUCAACAGUGUCUCCCCUUGGUCCUACAGAAUCUCCUACGAUUCUACCAGGUAUCCAAAAUACAUUCCUGAAGCCUACUGCCUUUGCAAAGGCUGUCUUACAGGUGAUUACGGAGAAGAAAAUCUCCAUUUUCGAAGUACGCCAGUAUUUAUGCCGACAGUCAUCUUGCACCGAACCACAUCCUGCACGGGAGGCCGCUACGUUUACACUGAGGAUUAUGUCUCUAUUCCUGUGGGCUGCACCUGUGUACCAGAACAUGAAAAAGAAGCACAGCAAGUGAAUUCCAGCAUAGAUAAAAGAGCAGUAAAAUUGCUGGGGAAUCAGAAUAAUGACAAGCCAGCAUCCAAAUGAGGAACGGAAAAGAGGCCAGAAACAAAGGAUGUUUUGGUUCAUAACUUCUGUUUCAGAGAACUGUAAUCUCCACUUCCUGCAACAGAGUUCAUUUCACAGAACUUGGGGUCAAUUGUAAUUAAAAUUGUACUUCCUUUAAAAAAACAGUGGGGUUUGCAAGAUGCUUUUUUCCUCAUAAUUGGAGGUUUGACAGAUCAUGGAGAGUUGCAAUACUGUAAUGCUGGGGAACACUUACGUUGAAGCAGUUUAAGAUAUUUAAAAGUGCUAGAUAGAUGUUCUAUAUUCCAGUGCUUUGCUAUCAAAUACUCAAGAUAUGCUGAGCAGGGAUGCAGCAUUGAUUUUUUGUGUACAAUAAAAUCUUGGUUCAACAGGUUUUGGAUACAAUGGACAAACUUUUCAUUUGGAUUGUUUAUCGAUCAAAUGAAGUUUUUAUUGAAAGUUAUGCUAUUUGUAUCAAUUACAUAACACACAUGACAUACAUUGAUGCAAAUGACAAAUUCUGAUUUAGCAAACAUUCAGACUUAAUGGAUGUCCCCUCCCCACUCAGUGGUCUAUGAAAUCAAUGUUUCAUUGCAUUUUCUCUCAAUCCUUACACAGGAUGCAAGUGAGGGCCCCUGAAAAUGAAAGCGAGAACAACAUAAGUGAAUAAAACAUUUUUUCAAAGAAUGCUGAAAAAUUAGCUGUGCCUCUGCAACUGAUUUUUUAAAAAGUGUAAGUAGCUUUGACUUGGUAUAUAGAAUCUUAUAUUCUGGACCAAAUAUAGUUGAGUAGGGUAUUGUGUCAAAAGCACUAGAAUUAUUUUAAAACUGUUAAAAACUAUUAAAUACAUUAAGCUUGCUGAUGGCUAUCAAUGUAAAUGCUUUUAAAAAAGGGACUCAAUAAAUGUAUAGAGAAUAGAUCUGUCAGUGACUAUUGAUCUUGGUUGGUUUAUUAGCUCUAGCAGAAAUGUACUAAAGGAGUGUGGGUUGCCAACUAUAGAAACAUUAAGUACUUGUCAAUCGAUGUUCAUUGAAUAAAUAACCAUUGUUUAAAAACA